AACCCCAACAAAGAUACAAAAAAAAAACAAAAACUUUUUCUCUCUAGAAGAAGAAAGAGAGAAACUUUCCUAUUACCAUUUUACCCCUAACAUAAAAAAUGGUAGAAGCUCAAUCAUGGACGACGCGGCGGAUGAGCAAUCCGAGAUUCGACGCCGCCGCAACCGCCGCACCAACAGUCGUCGACAUCCCCGAAACACCUCCACACUCUUCCUCUUCAUCCACCGGAAAAUCCUUCUUCCUCUCCUCACCCACCGUAUCUCCGACCAUUCUCACGGCGGCGAUAAUCGCCGCCUGGUUCGGCUCCAACAUAGGAGUCCUCCUCCUUAACAAAUACCUCCUCUUCUACUACGGUUUCCGCUACCCAAUCUUCCUUACCAUGACUCACAUGCUCUCCUGCGCCGCCUACAGCUCCGCCGUCAUCAACAUCGCCGGCAUCGUGCCACGUCAGCACAUACUCUCCCGCCGUCAGUUUUUGAAGAUCCUCUCUCUCUCGGCGAUCUUUUGCCUCUCCGUCGUCUGCGGCAACACUUCGCUCCGUUACAUCCCCGUCUCUUUUAACCAAGCGAUCGGAGCAACGACGCCUUUCUUCACCGCCGUGUUCUCUUUCCUCAUCACCUGUAAAACUGAAUCCACCGAAGUUUACUUAGCUCUCCUUCCCGUCGUCUCCGGCAUAGUCCUCGCUUCUAACUCCGAACCUUCUUUUCAUCUCUUUGGUUUCUUAAUCUGCGUCGCUUCCACCGCCGGUAGAGCUCUUAAAUCCGUCGUCCAGGGGAUUAUUCUGACGUCUGAAUCGGAGAAGCUACAUUCAAUGAAUCUUCUGCUCUACAUGGCUCCAAUGGCGGCUUGUAUCUUAUUACCAUUUACACUCUACAUCGAAGGAAACGUAUUGAGAAUCUUAAUCGAGAAGGCGAGGACUGAUCCAUUGAUCAUCUUCUUGCUCGCCGGGAAUGCGACGGUGGCGUAUUUAGUAAAUUUGACGAAUUUCUUGGUGACAAAGCACACGAGUGCUCUGACUCUGCAGGUUUUAGGCAACGGAAAAGCCGCCGUGGCCGCCGGAGUAUCGGUUCUGAUAUUUAGGAAUCCGGUGACGGUGAUGGGAGUUGCCGGUUUCGGCGUCACGAUUAUGGGUGUGGUUCUCUAUAGCGAAGCUAGGAAGAGAUCCAAGUUGCUUAACCAGAAGUGAAAAAGUGAGUAAAGAAAGCUGGAUUAAACCGGUGAAGUGAUUUAUACACGUUUUAUUUUAUUAUUUUUCGGUUUAGUUUCUUGAUUCUUUGGAAUUCUGCUAUUGUUUUGAACCGGUUUGGUUCGGUUUGAGAGGGGGAAAAAUCAAUUUAAUUGUAAAUGGUUGAGAUUGAUUGGGGGAAAACUAUGAGAUGAAAAAAGGGGAUAUAUAUAUAUAUAUAUAAUCAUACAUAUGUAACAAAAGUGAAAAAGGUAGGGGGCAGAAUUAAAAGAAAUAAGAUUGUAUUCUUUCUUUA